AAAACAUCUUUGUUCUGGUCAUGUCGUAACACUGAGACGUCGUAUAAAAAUACACUGUUUUGACCACUGUGCUCUUAUAAAAGUUAAGGUUUCCAUACAAGACGGCAAAAUGUUCGUGAAGUCAGCCCCUCCUCGGCCCCCCUCUCGGAAAUAAACCCAGUUCUGCCACAAAUUUACUCUAUAUUUGGUGUUGGUCUGAUGUCUAUGCUGGAGCGUAAAGGAAGAGGAGGAGGAGGAGAAGGGUACAGCAAGCACAAACCGCCGGUGGACCAGAGAAGAGCGAUAAACGCCUGUAUCAACUGACCCGAGAUGGAGAAAACUUCAUCCAAACUCUCAAGCUUAUGGAUUUAUUGCGUGAUUGUAUUCCUAUCUGAUGCUGGACUAGGCUCCAACAUCUGCACUUCUCGAGGAGCCAGCACAUGUCAGCAGUGCCUGGCAGUGCAUCCUACCUGUGCCUGGUGCUUUCAAGAGGACUUUGGACAAGAUGUGCCUGGCUCCUCCCGAUGUGACCUGAAGAAGAACCUCAUAGAUGCAGGAUGCAAGAGAGGAGCUCUGGAGUAUCCCACCAGCAAAAAGAAUGUGACAGAGAACAAGGAUCUCAGUGACAAGGCCUCGGGAUCCACCACCGACGUCACCCAGAUCAAGCCUCAGAGAAUAAGCAUCUCUCUGAGACCUGAUGAUUCCCAGGUCUUCACGCUGAAAGUCCGUCAGGUUGAGGACUACCCAGUGGACUUGUAUUAUCUGAUGGACCUGUCCUACUCCAUGAAUGACGACCUGUCUCAGUUGCGGCGGCUGGGGCGAGGCCUGGCUGAAGAGAUGAGUAAAACCACCAGUAAUCUGCGCAUGGGCUUUGGGGCUUUCGUGGAUAAACCUGUGUCACCGUACAUGUACAUCUCCCCUCAAGAGGCCGUGCUAAAUCCCUGUUACUCAAUCCCCUACAAAUGCCAGCCUCAGUUUGGCUACAGACAUGUUCUGUCUCUGACGGAGGAGGUGGGCCGCUUUACAGAGGAAGUGAAGAAACAGAAGGUGUCUCGGAACAGGGACGCCCCAGAGGGAGGCUUUGACGCCAUCAUACAGGCAGCCGUGUGCAAGGAGAAAAUUGGAUGGAGACCAGGUGCAUCUCAUUUACUGGUUUUCACCACAGAUGCCAAGACACAUGUGGCACUGGAUGGGCGCCUGGCGGGAAUUGUGCGGCCCAAUGACGGCCAAUGCUAUGUGGGAACAGAUAACAUCUACAAUAUGUCUACAACUAUGGACUACCCAUCACUGGCAUUAAUCACAGAGAAAAUGUCAGAAAACAAUAUAAAUCUCAUCUUUGCUGUGACUAGCCAUGUGGAAUCACUUUAUAAGAACUACAGUGAGCUGAUCCCUGGCACUGCAGUGGGAACGCUGUCCGAGGAUUCUCAUAAUGUCAUCCAGCUGAUCCAGGAUGCAUAUGCUAAACUGCGCUCUAAGGUUGAGCUGGAGCUCUUGAAUGUCCCUGAAGAGCUCAGUCUGACAUUUAAUGCUACAUGUCUCAAUGGAGAGGUCAUCCCUGGACUAAGAUCCUGCUCUGGCCUCAAAAGAGGAGAUACCGUGUCCUUUAGCGUAGAAGCUCGGGCCAGGGGCUGUCCCAAGGAAAAGCGCAAGACCUUUACCAUCAAACCAGUGGGCUUUAAAGACACUUUGCAGAUCACAGUCAACUUUGAGUGUGAGUGUAAAUGCCAAGCUAAGGCAGAGCCUGACAGUCCCAUCUGUCACCACGGCAAUGGCACCUAUGAGUGUGGAAUCUGCCUGUGUAACCCAGGACGACUGGGUCCCAGGUGUGAGUGUGCCGAAGGGGACUACAGCCCCACCGAACAGGAUGCCUGCACCGGGCCGAACAAAGUGAUCUGCAGCGGCCGUGGAGACUGCGUGUGCGGCCAAUGCGUGUGCCACAAUAAUGAUUUCGGCAAGGUGUGGGGGAAGAGGUGUGAGUGUGACGAUUUCAGCUGCUUGCGGUACAAAGGAGAGCUCUGCUCAGGUCAUGGCACUUGUUCCUGUGGUUUUUGCCAGUGUGAUCCAGACUGGAAGGGGGAGAACUGCAAUUGUUCUACUCGUACAGACACCUGUAUGUCCAGCUUGGGACUGCUGUGCAGCGGUCGUGGUCAGUGUGUGUGUGGGAGCUGUGAGUGCACUCAGCCUGGGGCCUACGGCUCCACCUGCGACAAAUGCCCCACCUGCCCUGACGCCUGCACCCUGAAGAAGGACUGUGUAGAGUGUAAGCACUUUAAGAGGGGGAAACUCUUCGAUGAUGAAACCUGCACUCGAAUCUGCAGAGAUGAAAUCAAACUGGUGGAUGAUCUCGUGUUCCAUGAUAAGAAUGCAGUAAAUUGCACCUAUAAGGAUGAGGAUGACUGCGUGCAAAGGUUUCAGUACUAUGAGGAUAACAGUGGCAAAUCCAUCUUGUCUUUGGUCAAAGAGCCAGACUGCCCUAAAGGCCCUGAUAUCUUGGUGGUGCUUCUGUCAGUAGCUGGUGCCAUAUUGUUCUUGGGUCUGGCCGCCCUGCUUAUCUGGAAACUGCUUAUCACCAUCCAUGAUCGCCGUGAAUUUGCUAAGUUCGAGGAGGAGCGGGCACGUGCAAAGUGGGAAACGGGCCACAACCCCCUCUACAAAGGUGCCACUUCAACAUUCACAAACAUCACAUAUCGAGGCAAGGACUGACCGCAGAGAGCAGAGGAAGAACUGGACAGCGUUCAUAAAUUUAUAGGGUUUAAAAGUGUUUCCUUCAAGGUUUCUUUUUUUUUAUUACGCAAAUUGAACAUGAACAGGAAAGGAUUGUACAUAUUUUGUUGUUGUACAUAUGUAAAGUCAAAAAUGGCACCUCUGUGGAAGUCUUUCUGUUUGUCACUGGAUGAAUGAUAAUCUUUACAUUUGCUUCUUACAUGACUAUAUUUGUCAGCACAGUGACUGGAGAGAUCGACACACGGCAAGACAUUUCCUUCCUCUCCCUGAUCCUUCACUCUGUGUAGUGGCAGAUAUGAAUGAUAAAAAGCCUGAGCAAUCUUUCCAACUACUGAUGGCCUGUGGUAACACUGAGUCCCUCAUUGUGAACAUAAAAUAUUCUAAAUAUAAGCUGUUCUUUUUGCUGUGGUUAUAGCUGUAUUAAUAUUAUGCAUCUUCAAUAUCCUAGAGGUAGCUUUAUCACACUGGCCUUUAGUACACAGUUUUGGUAGGAUUCACAAAUCCAAGUAAUGUAUACAAAUUUGCAGACGUUUUCUGUCUCCAGCAUUCACCAAAAAUAGACACAGUGUAAUUAUUUGUCUUGCAGAAUGACCUUAAAGGUCAAAAAGUACCUCACAGCUCAAGUGCAAACAAUUGUAACAUUGCUUUCUAUUGGGAAAUAUAUGAAAUCAUGGAAUUUGUUCUUUUUUAGUGCUGUCAGACACGUCACAUUACAUAUGACAUAUGUUAUGUGUUAAUUAAAUAGUUAGACAGAAAUGAAAAAAAAAAAAAAGAAGUUUUAAAUGUUUUUGUUUGUUUGUUUUUGGAAAAAUAUAAUACAUUUAAUGUGAUACUUAAGUGCAAUGUCAUUACCUAUCCUAAUAUCUAGUGAUGCCACACACUUAAAUCUUAAUAUCAAUAAAAAAAAAAAAAAUUAAACAUGAUAUGUAUCAAUGUUUUUUUUUUAAAUGUAUAAUUAAUAUUAUUUUAAUUAAUAUUAAUUAAUAGUAUUUUAAUAAUGACUAAUCUUUGCUGUGCGAAGGCAUGUUCUUAUUCUGUAGAUAUGACUAUAUGUAUUGACCUACAGCACCACCUACUGGACUGAUAUUACAACUACAACUCUUCUUUAUCAAGACACUGUGAGAUAUUUAUAUAAGUUUUUUAGGUUUUACGUGGUGCAGCAGAUAAUUUACUAUAGAAAAUGUACAUUUACUGUAUAUCCUCAAAAUGUUUUGAAAGGACAUUUUCUGAAAUCUGAUUCGCUCAAGUGUAAAAGCAUCCAUGUUAUUAUUAUAUUGCCAUUAUGUUAAAUGUAUGCAAAGUGGGACAGCUAGUAAACCCGAAACACUUUGUCACACCAGAUAUCAUAAAAUGGGUCAUCACUGCUAAUGUUAAUCAUCUAUAAUUAUGUGUUCUGUUAGGCCAUACUAAAACCAUUAAAGGAUUAGUUCACCCAAAAAUGAAAA